GUCCAUUUUACACUCGGUUGAAAUUCUAUUCCACCCACUUUCUUUCUAGACCAAAGAUGUAUUCAUAUUUUACGCUGUAACUACAUCCAUGUUGUCCAAAAAUAAAUUUAAAAGUAAUAAAUGAGUUUUUAAUUUAAACCAAUGUCAAUAACAAAAUAAUUUAUUUACAAGUGAAAACGAAAGUGUUUUCAGGCAGGCAAAAUUAUGGGCAGCUUAGUCACGCUGUAGACAUGGCGGCGGCACAGAUGGCGGUAAAUUCAGGUGCCAGUCUGUGGGGGCCACUGAAGGAACUCUUGGAAGCUGUUGAAGGAGCCAUAUGGAGACGUCAGCCAGAAAGUGUUCAUCUCUUAGAUCUACAGUUAAAGAAACACAAGCCCUACUUUUUGUCUCUCUUCAAAAACCCUUCAAAGAGUGCAGAACAGAGAGAGAAGGUCCGGAAGGCGAGCACAGAAGGCAUUGCUAUUCAGGGCCAGCAAGGUGCACGACUGCUUCCAGAUCAGCUCAUCACAGAAGCCUUCAUCCUUAGUGACCUUUUUGACCUAGGAGAACUUGCUGCCCUAGAACUACUGCUUGCAGGAGAGCAACAGCAGCCCCAUUUUCCUGGACUGUCUCGAGGUUUGGUCGCUGUGCUCCUCUACUGGGAUGGCAGGCGCUGUGUGGCUAACUCUCUUCAUUCACUCAUACAGUCCAGACAUGGGAAGACAUUUACCCUUGACUUGAGUCCUGAAUUGGUGCAUCUGACCACACGAUUCACCGAUGAACUGAUGGCUCAAGGUUUGACUAAACAAAUCCUGAACCUGAUUACAGAGAUCAGCGUGACCCGUGAGUUUGAGAGACUUCAGAAGGAACGCGGCCUCGGCAACGAGAAGCACAGGAAAGAGGUAUCUGACCUCGUCAAAGAGUGCCGACAGUCAUUGGCAGAUAGUUUGUUUGCAUGGACAUGCCAGUCACCCCUAAGCAAAGAUGACACCCUCACUCUCAUUGGUCAUUUGGAGACGGUGACUACCGAAGCUGAUGGCUCAUUGGACAGCGUCAAUCUUGCUUUAGUCAUGGCAUUGCUGUAUUGUCUGGAUGUUAGUUUUCUGGAGCAAGGAAUAGAGGAUAGAGAAGAUUUGCUCCAGGCUUCACCGAUGCUCACUGAGAAACAGUAUGUGGCCGCUGUGCACAGUCGGCUGGUGGACGGUCAGGUAUGGAAACUCCCGGGACUGCAGGCGGUGGUGCAGCUGGCCUGGGCUUUGUCUCUGAGGGCCCUGUCACAACUUCCACAGGGUGCAGCUUUAGUGGAGUUCACAGAAGCAGAUGAAGCUCUGGCUGACCAGGCCCUGUUGGGAGGCGUGUUUCUCUUCAUGACAGAGGGCAUUCUGGGAAGUGAAGGCUUUAGUCAAGAGGAAUUCUACACUCGCCGACUUCAUUCUCUUAUUACUGAGUUCCUGGCUCUCAUGCCCAUGAAGAUAAAGCACUUGCGUAACCGUGCUGAUGAGGAUGCACGACUGAUCCACAUGGCACUGCAGAUGGGCAGUGAGCCACCUUCGACCCUACGAAAAGACCUGGAGCACCUCAUGAUCCUUAUUGGAGAGUUUUACAGUAAAGAUCCAUCUGGGUUAGAACUGGCCCUGGACUUCUGGUGUCCUUCAGAGUCCCUUCAGCACACCUCACUAACCGGAUCUUUUCUGGGAGUAGCGCUUCAGAGACCACCUCACAAACAGGUGGUCCUCUCGAAAUUUGUGCGUCAGAUGGGUGACCUGCUUCCUGCAACUCUUUACAUUCCCUAUCUACGCAUGCUUAAAGGACUUGCCAAUGGUCCUCAGUGCUCCCACUACUGUUUCAGUCUGCUCAAAACCAACGGAGCCCCUCACGGCGAGAACCGGCAGGGCGGAGUGUCAGGGAGUAUUGUGUCGUGGGAGCACUUGUUCCACUCUCUCAUGCUGUACCACGAAAACCUUAGGCGGGACGUGCCCAGCGCUGACAGCACGCAGUACCGCCACCCACCCAUGAGAGGCAUCACUCAGAGAGAGCUGGAGGGUCUCGCUGCAUUCCUCCAACUGCUCACCACUAUCAUUACAUGGAGCGAAAAUGCACGUCUGGCUCUUUGCGAGCACCCACAGUGGACACCUGUGGUGGUAAUGUUGGGUUUACUGCAGUGCAGUGUUCAGCCCGUGCUGAAAGCUCAGAUACUGCACGUUCUUGCAGCCUUUGGCAAAUCCCCAGAGAUCGCAGCCUCCCUCUGGCAGUCUCUAGAGUAUACACAGAUUUUGCAGACUGUAAAAGCCCCUGGGCAGAGACAGGCAGCUGGCAUUGAGGUGGAGCUGAAUGAGAUCGAGUCAAGCAGUGAGGAAUAUCCCCUGGCGAGAGCUUUUUGUCAUUUGAUCAGUACUCUGGUGGAGAGCGCACUUCCGGUCAAUCUCGGAGCAGGACUGCGUGCGCCUGGCUUCCAGCCUUAUCUCGACUUCUUGCGGGACUCCGUGUUUCUGGCUUUCCCCACACGGGCCUACCGCCGCCCGGCAGAAAAGUGGGAGGUGGCCGAAGCCGUGCUGGAGGUGUUUUAUAAAAUUCUACGAGAAUAUGAGCCACAGCCUUCAGACUUUCUGCAAGAGAUGGUGGAGCUUCAGGGAGAGCAGGUGCCGGCCCACAAGCCCCCUGGGCACAGUCUGAUGUUUCACCUGCUGAACGACUCCCCCACCCUCUCUCUCUGCCUCAGUCUGCUGGAGGAGGGCGCACGCCAGCUGGACACUUACGCCCCCUUUCCUGGUAAGACUCAGCUGGAGAAAGCAGUUCUGCACUGUCUGUGUUUACUGGAUCUGGCCCUGCAGAAGGAGGUGGCGUUUAUGGAUCUCCUAAGAGAAAGUCAAACAUCACUGCUGGUCUCACCACUGGAACAGCUGCUUCAGGGUGUCAGCGCUCAGAGUCGACGGGCCGAUCACAUCACCAACAUCGCCAGGUACCUGUACCACAGCAGCUCAAACCCUGAGGCUGCAUUUCAGAGUGCCAAGAUCCUGCGACGUAUCGCACGCUACCCAAACAUCCAGACCAGACUCGUCGGAGAUUUCACACAUGACCAGGGUGUGAGUCAGAAGUUGAUGGCUGGAUUUGUGGAGUGUCUGGAUGGUGAAGAAGCCCAAGAGGGACUGACCCCAGAUGAAACAGACCCCGAAAAACGGAUUGCCAGGAUUCGUCACGAAACCCAAAUCCACAUUCUGAACCUUUUGAUCACCUCGUUGGAUUUGAAGGGCCCCAACCUGGGACUGUACCUGCUGGGCUAUGAAGUGAAGAAGCCGGUGUCCUCAACUAACCUACAGGACCCAGGUGUUCUUGGCUGUCCACGGAGCUGCCUGCAUGCAAUUCUCGAUUUGCUUCAGAGAGGUAGUGAGAGUCGCUCUGGACCUGUUCUGAUCAAAGAGGCUCCUCACCUGGCUGAACUCUGCUAUCAGGUGAUCUAUCAGCUGUGUGCGUGCCCUGACACUUCUGGACCAACCAUGAGAUACCUGAGGACCAGUCAAGACUUCCUGUUCUCUCACCUGCAGCACUUGCCUUUCAUUCUACCAGGGAAUGAGGUUGCUGCUCUGUCCCAGAUGUCAUGGUUGCUGAAGACUGCAGCCAUCGAGCUCCGAGUGACAUCACUGAAUCGUCAGCGCUCUCACACACAACGAUUACUUAACCUCCUACUUGAUGACCAACCAAACACACUGCAUUCAGCUGAUGGAGAAACAGGCAUGGAGGAGGAAAGCAAAUCGGUCAGUGGAUUCCUGCAGUUUGGCACCGUAUCUAAAGUACGCAGGAGACUGCUGAGCGUUCUGGAUGCCAUAGACUUCAGUCAGGAGUCCCCAGAGCUUCUCCAGCUGGAUUUCUUUGAGCGUGCUAUGAUCGAGCAGGUCAUCACUAACUGUGAGCACGUCAACGAGCAGGGCCACACCGUCUGCAAUGUUAAGUUGCUGCAUCGAGUUUUACUUGCCGAGAUCAAUGCGCUGAAGGGUAUGGCGGCAAUCGGUCAAAGGCCACUGCUAAUGGAGGAGGUGAACUCAGUCCUGCAGCAGGUGGUGGAGAGGAACCACGUGAGACAAAGUCUGAGUGCCAAGCGUCACGCUCUUCAGAGCUGGAGGAAUCUGGUGGAGACCAUCCUCAUGGCCUGCCCUUCAGAGCUCAUCCCAGCAGACCAGCGACAGCUGAUUAUCAGAGACCUGCUGUUAGAUCUGCAUGACAAGGUGUUAUCAGAGGAUGCUGCUGGGGAAUUGAUGCCAACUGUAGCUGGGGCAGUCUUCACCUUAACAGCACAGCUCAGCCAAUCAGUGCUGUCAGAGCAGCAGGGGGCGGGGCCAGAGGGUGUAUCUGCAUCAGGAUUUGCUUCGAUUGCUAACUCCGCCCUUCACCUCAUCUUGAGGAAGCUGCUGGAUUUUAUCUUAUGCACAGGUGGGGGGUUCCAGCGUUUGCGAGCUCACCUUUAUGGUGCUUUGCUCUACUACUUGCAAAUCACCCAGAAACCGGAUGAGCCUGAGACAUUGCAGACAGGCACAUCCAUGUGGGAGCGAUUGACUGCACCAGAAGAUAGUUUCUCCAAACUGCAGAGAGAGAACCUGGCCAUCAUCGAGAGCUACGGCACUGCUCUUAUGGAAGUGGUGUGCAGAGAUGCUUGUGACGGGCACGAGAUCGGCAGGAUGUUGGCUCUGGCCGUGCUGGACAGGGUGUUGUCCAUAGACAAGCAGAAUCAGUGGCUGUUGUACCUGUGCAACAGCGGCUAUCUGCGCGUGCUGGUCGAGAGCCUGCGGCAGGAUGACGUCGCAUUGCAAACCCUGCUUGCGCCGCAGCCCCCGCUGCUCAAACCUUUAUACAUCUAUGAGUCCAAGAUGGCCUUGCUGACUCGUGUGGCCAAGACGGCACAGGGUGCGAUGGAGCUCCUGCGCUGCGGUCUGGUCGCUCAGCUGGUGGAAUGUCAGGUGUUUCACAUGUUUCCUCAAAAUGAUGCACUCAGGGUGUUUGGGCAAAGAGAUCCAUCAGGGUUUAUUCCUAGUCCUCUAGAGCGCUACAGACAGAUCCUGCUACCAACUCUAAAAUUACUGCAGGUUAUCUUAACCUCGACUACCACUCAGCACCAGCAGGGGGCGACACAGGUUCUUCAGUGGCUCAUUGUUCACUCAGACGUCAUUCAGUCCAUCCUACACGGUCAAGAUGUGAGCUCAGGAGCUCUGCAGGAAAUCUCUCUGCUCACGGCCAUUAUCAGCAAGACGGCACUCCCAGGAGCCUUCGAGACCGGACAGGAAAUCAACAGUGCCGCCCUCAUGGAGAUACGAGGACAUAUUGCCAGAUUCCAGCGUCAGUCUUUGUCUCUGCUCGUGCGGCUGGCGGGAACGGAUAGAGCGCGCUAUCUCAAGCAGUUUGAAGAGACCCUUGCUCCUGGUGAUCUUGCAGAGAAGAGAGAGGAGAUGGAAGUUGCCAUGCAACAGAUUUGUGCUAAUGUUAUGGAGUACUGCCAGACGCUGCUUUUGCAGAGCUCGGCCGAGGCCCAGUUCACCCUUUGCCUCUUCAGCCCCUCUGCUAGCGAACCAGCAGAUGUGGCCGUGCCCUCUGCACGAGUGCCCAGUCUGGGUUUAGUUCUGCUUCUGCUGAAGAACAGCGCCACUGACUUUUUCCGAUACCACGAUAGUCACAGACAGAGUCUAAGCAAGCUGGAGCGAGUCGAGCAGCUCCCCCCGGAGGAACUAAAGGAGUUGUGUCAGGAACUGUUGUCGGGUUCUGCUGGGGUGGAGAAGAUCUCAUCAGUGCAGAGAAAUGUGCUUGCCAAACGUCGACUGGUCCAGUUAGUCAACAACCGAGCGAAACUUCUUGCCCUCUGCUCUUAUAUUAUUGAGACAUGUCUAUUUGUGAUAUGGCGCCACCUAGAGUUCUAUUUGCUCUACUGCACCCCAAGUGACCCUAAAACCUCAUUGCUCCCGGGAUACAAAGAUGUUAGUGGCAGCAGAGGCUUAAGUGCGUCAAGAGUGAGCCAGCAAGAUCUUGAGCAGUUGCAGAGUGACAUGGCAAACAGCUUCAAUGAGUCACUACAGAGGAAGUUGUUGGAGGUUGAGGGUCUGUAUAGCAAAAGCCGCUCGCGUCACACCUUCAUCCAAGCCUUGACACGGAGGAUCCGGGGUCUAGUGCAUCACGCUAAAAGCUGAACACAUGUUUAUAUGCCAUAGUGUGAUACGUUUAGUAAGAUGCAUAAAUGUACAAUUUUUGCAGUUUUGAUUACAGUAAUCUCUCAUGAAAUAGUCUUGCUAUAAAAAAAAACUUCCAAUGUCUUUAAGUAUUGUUUUUCUAAUGUGGUAAAUAAACCGAUUCCUGAAUGGA